UUGUUAGCUUGUUAGUCAUGUACAUUUAAUCGGUCGGUGAACAAGCCAAAAAUUUUUGUGUUUUACCGGAAGCAGUUUCGUAAACAUGAAUUUAACAAAGUCAGCCAUUGCAGCUGUGACGAUUCUUUGCAUCGUUGUGGGCCAAGUUACUUGUCAAUCGAAAGAUGAAACUACAACCACAAAACCAGAAUCUCCAAAGGAGAAAACUAAAUUAAAGGAGAGUAAGCUUUGCAAGAAAUGCAUUUGCGAUUUUGAAAACAGCUUGCUCGAUUGCAGCGAGAAACUUCAGGAUUGGCUGUCUGCUGAGGAAUGGGAACUUUUGACCAACGGAGAUGUUGUGUUCAAAACGAUCAAUUUAGAGCACAACAACUUAACUAAAAUUUCAAUUCUACCAAAAUACGAUGUAGAAAAUUUGUACUUGUCAAACAACCAAAUAGAUGCAAUUGUUGAGGGAGCUUUUCAGAAUUUAACUGAGCUAACGACCCUCGAUCUGUCCCAUAACCGAUUGACAUCGAAAGUUCUAGUACCGGAUGUUUUUCAAGGACCCUACACUAAAACCGAUUAUGAAUCACUAGAAAAGUUGAGAACGCUUAAUUUGGGAUACAAUGAUCUGCAUAACUUGGAUCCAGAUUUGUUUGAACACAUUCCCUAUCUAGAGGAGCUAGUUCUCUGCCGAAACAGCUUUCACGUUAUUGAUAAACUGUCAGAAACUGCCAUUUCCGGACUAUCAUCUUUGAAGAUUUUAGACAUUUCGUAUAUGGAAAUUGAUGAUUUGCCGGAAACAGUUCUUCAUGGGCCCCGAGAUCUUGAAACUCUAAUUGCAGCUGGAAAUCUCUUUAAACAAUUACCAAAGGCCUUGAAAUAUGCCACAAACUUGACCAGCCUUGUUUUAAAUGAAAACCCCAUUGAAAGUCUUGUUGGAGAUAAUAUAUUCCCACCGUUGACCAAAUUGAACCAUCUGAGUAUGACCUUUAUGGCUAUGUUGUACAAAAUAGGACCUGGAGCUUUAAGUGAAUUACAAAGUCUAAAGGAACUGAUAUUGUCCGAUAAUAAAUUUCUUAACGAAAUUGACGAGGAGGCUUUGUCAAAGAACGUUACUGGAGGCCAGUACUUGGACUAUCCGCCAUUAGAAAAGGUGUACUUGAAUAAUUGCAACAUUACGACCCUGCCAAAACCUCUACUUGUGCGAUGGGAUAAGCUCAAAGCGCUUGACCUCAGAUUUAAUCCGUGGUCCUGCGACACUUCCAACGAUUACCUGAUCAACGUUUUAAUAGGUCAAGUGAACAAAACCACCGAGGUUCUGGCUAAAAAUGUGCAGUGUGCAAGUCCAGAUACGUUGAAAGGCGUGGAAAUAUUAAGAGUGGCAGAUGAACAUUUGGUGGAAAGUUCGAGCGGAAGUCUAGUCUGGGUUGGACUCCUGGUUGUUUUGCUUAUUGCUGUGCCAACUCUUCUAGGCGCCUACGUGAUGAAAAGACGCGGCUGCUUUGGGGUCUUUAGACGCCAUGAUAGCGUUGCCGACCGGGCUCUCUACAAUAGGACUAGUUUCAAUGAAGAUUUCCAUAUUUAAUUUUAGUUUUCUACUAAC